CUUUCCUGCUCUCUACAGAUGGCAGUACAGGCAAACACUGUAGUACUGGUUCUUUUCACAACUACUUCCCGGUCAGAGGACGUCAAAAUGGCGGCUACCUUGCGUCGAUAACAUUCCUGUCUCAAUGUUAACUCUUAAACCCGAAUACUCAGAUUAAACAUUACACUUAGAAUCGAAAGAACUGAGCUUUUACUGCGUCUUAACGCCGACAUGUUCCAGGUAACCUGCGGGAGGAGCGUCCAAGCGGCCCGGCUCCUCUCACCGAGGUGCGCCGUGCUCGUGGAGGCUGUCAGGGGCAGAAAGUCCCGCACGGACCCGGUGGCAAAAUCCAAAGUGGGGCGAAUCAAAGUACCUCCACCCGUGGACCCAGAGGAGAUGGUCGCCCUCAAUGAGAGAUACUCGGAGUACCAGUUGAUCAUGAGGGCUCUACGGUACGUUUCUCACCACUUAUAAUUGUAAGGUAACGGAUGUUAGCGGGCCACCUGGUGUUGUGUCAAAUUCGGUAUACCGUUCAAAACCUGGGCCUUUAAAACUACUGUGAGGGGUUUUAAAGUGGUUAUGAAACAGGUUAAAUUUUACAGGUGUGCUUUUAAAUGACCAACCACAGCCAAAACUACGGUGGCCGAGAACCGCCACUCCUGAAAAUAAAAAAGAAUGAAAAAAAAAAAAAGGCGCAGAUAAAAAUAAAAAAUAAAAAAAACAGAAGUUAAUGACGCAAAAAAAGUGGUGAUGCAAAAAAAAAAGAACACAACAGAAAUUAUGCAUUUAAAAAAAAGAAACCGAAGAAAAAAAAAUGGUGCAGAUAAAUAAAAAAACUGAAUAAUAAAGGGACUGAAGAUAAAUGUUAGCGAGUAAAAGCACAGAUUUUAUCAAGACAAGGUGGUGAAGUGAGAGUUAAGGUUGACAGACAUGCUAAACAAAGAUACUCCCUAACUGUGCGAUCCAAACCACAUAAAAAAGUACCUUAAUUCUUUUUAUUUCUUUAAUCAGUGUUGCAAAAUGUGUCCAGAAAUAAGUCUGCUUGAACUGAGUGACUUGACCUCAUUUUUUGAUCUGGUUUGACCCUCUUUGUCUGUGUCAGUUUGGAGUUUAAGGAGGAGGUGCUCAGAAGGAAAUACGAGGAGGAGAUCGGUUCCCUUGCCGCUGAGAAAGCGGUUCAGGAGGAGGAGGAGCAUCGCAUCCUCAUGGCCUGGAACAACCAGGAGAACCAGCGCCUGCUCCAAAUCAGGUAGAAAAUUAGAACUAAGCAGUGCAACCACUAAUGAUUCAAUUUCUUGUGUGGGUUAAAGAGGAGGACUAACUCAUCGCCUCUGGUGUAUCUUCAGGGUGCUGAGGAUCCAGAAGGAACAGGAGGAAGCAGAGCGCAAGCAGUUGGAAGCUGCUGUUCAGCGAGAACAAGAACAGCAAGAACAUAUCAAAGAAAAAGAGAGGGAAAUUUUACAGUUACAGGUAAAUAUCAGUCUCAGUAUUUCAAAAACAUGAAAAAACAUUUUACGGGAGCUAUCAGUUUAGCAGAACAACCUUACAUCAACCACCUUCAUGGUCCUACAUUUCCAGUCCUAUAAUUUCGGUCUCAGACUUGCAUGUUAUUUUCCGUCUGUUCCAGGAGGAUGCAAAGAACUUCAUCACCUUGGAGAACUUGGAUCAGCGGAUAGAAGAAGCUCUGGACAAUCCAAAGAAUUACAACUUUGCCAUUGACAAACAAGGACGGGUUGUUAAACAGACUGUGCAGCAGUGAGACGCAGGAUGCACCAUGAGCUGUCUCACAUAAUAGACAGAUGGAUUCAGUUCUGUCCGUCUAAUCCAACCUGGAGGAGGAUUUCUUUCAAACUAACAUGAAAAACAGUGAGGAGAUCACGGUAUCUGUGGAAGUAGAAAAUAAAGAGGACAUUUCCAUCAGCAGAAAACAUGGAAGGCUUUGUGAAAUCUGGCUGGUUUGUCUCAUUGAGAACUAAAAUGUUCAUUUGAUCAUGUCUUUCUUCUCAUAUUCUGUAUGUAAAGUAAACUGAUGUUUAUUAAAGUUUCAUGAAGAUAUUCAGAUUUUUUUGUGCGUUUGAAGAAAAUCUGAUCAAGAUUUGUACCUCCUCAUCCCUCCAUGGAGGAAAUUCAAGUCAUCUUCACCUCUAAAAUUAAGUAAGAGCAACAUGAAGAUAUAAUAAUUCAUUUUCAUAUUAAGUCAUGUGAAAGCUGAUUUACAAAGCUAAUGCAAAAACUAGAUGAGGUGUGGAAUUUUUUAAGAUGUGAAAUCUUGACUGUCAUUCCUGCACUUGAAACCUCUGGCCUCUAGGAGGCGCCAUGUAUCAGUUCUCACUGUUGUUGGUUGUGUUUUGAAGAGGCUCAUGUCAGCCAAUGUGCAGCAGAACCGGGUUAAUCCUCCUCAGGGAGGUCAGGCGUGCAGGUUGGAGGGAUGAUGAGGGUCAGGGGUGAAAACCUGAGGAGGGAAACAGGCAAUCUGAAGAGGAAGAGACAAAGAAUUCAAACUCUGCUGCUUUGAAAUAAACUUAAUGUGAAAUACCAGACUUUUAAAACUAAAAUGAAUGUUUGCAUUUGAAGGGGAUAAAAACCAAAGCAAUUUU